AUGGCAACUAGAAGAGAAACAAAUCAUAACAACAAUCAUCAGGAACAAUAUCAAUAUGCUAUUAACUUGCGUAUCGAUCCAGUCGAAUAUGGAUUUGUCUGUAGCAACUCUCGUUGGCAACAGCGAUUUAAAGGACUUGGCGCAUUCAGCCAGUAUUUCGCCAUGCUUGCACCAAAUCAAAACGGUUAUAGUUUGCCUGAUGUGUGGGACGGCUAUUAUCAGAGUACACUUGUCAAAUUCUCUACGAAUCACUCACCAGAGCAACUUAAAAAUAAAUUUGAUUUGUUUCAUCCAUCGCUUGAUAAUGUUCAUUUGAGAAAAGCUGUUUUUCGGAGUUCGGAACUCAAAGUGCACUCUGGUGAUCAUCGAAUGGGAGACAGACGUGGUACUAAUUUCAUUGCCUUACAUGUGACCAAACCGGCCGAUUUUCAAUUUGAGCCUCUUCUUCAAGAUAUCAAACAACAAAUUCGAACUACACGAUGGACUCAAACAACAACAGAGACUCUGCACAUCAAUAUUCGCUUAUAUCCAGAUGGUCCUCAAGAAACUAGUGGACCAGCAUGGACCUGGAAAAGAAUUUGCGAAACUCACAUACCGGAUAAAGUAGCUCGACUUCCAAUUGAUUUUUAUUGUUCAACACUAGAAAUAGUUCCAGCUCGGCGACAAUGCGUACAACGUUAUCGGGAAGGCAAAGUGGAUAAGUGGUGGUCAGGUAUCACCAAAUUAGAUGGAAAGUGUUCGGGAUGUCAAAGUUCAUUAGAUGACUAUGAAUGGAAUGGAGCAUGUCUCGAAUGCGGACAAUAUGAACGAAUCACGCCGGUUUGGUCAAUCCCUUAUCUGAACACUUUCACUCUCUCCAGAUUGGUCGAACAAAUCGAUCUUGACAAAUAG